CUCAUAAUAGAGGACUUUUCUCCGUAUCAUCGUUUAACUUCGAGAUCCUAAGAAAUUUCCUGUGCAUUCUUUCUCAUGUAUCGUGUAGUCGUUGCGAAAAAGCAUUUGUGAUUGAAUUUGGACGUUGGAAACCUACUAUCUCGUUAGAAUCCUAUCUCAUAGUAGAGGACUUCCCUCUGUAUCAUCGUUUAAGUUUAACUUCGAGAUCCUAAGAAAUUUCCUGUGCAUUCUCUCUCAUGUAUUCUAUUUUGCUGUUGAACUCAGCCUUUCCGAAAGGAGUGCGGAAACACACGAAGUCACAUGUGCUUAGCUUCUCCUAGCACCUUGAAGACACCAGUUAGCUUAACACACUGCGGACAAUCUAUAUGAAGACGUAACGAAAUAAAUGAGCAAGGAAUCACGAAUACUCGUUGGCAUUUUUUCCCGCACUAUCAUCCGUCGUAAAUUCAUAACUGCGCCCACUAUUCGCGUGUCGUGCGUGUGUCCCAGGGUGGAUUACUGCCAUGCGAGAUGCCCCAGGUAGGAGUGUUGCCAUAACACCAUGCGAGGAGCUUUCGGGAUAGCGUAUAAAGACCAGGUCGAACCCGAUCUCGCGACUUAGUCUAGCACGGUCGCCGAACAACAACGGAUAAGAACCCAUUGGCCCCCCCCGCGUCAUCAACCGCGACAACGGCAGUGCCCGACUGAAGUCCAUCGAUCAGAAGUCCAUUCUUAAAUCUUCGGCGAGAUCGAGGUCUACGCGACGACGAGCAGUGGAAUCGCCUUGGCAACCCACCGUCAAAACACUGCGUACGUUAAUAGCGUCGACGGGGCGCGAUCGGGAGAGUCGUCCGGCCAGUCGCUCGGUGUUACGUGGGAUCAUUCUAUUCUGACGACCACGACGAUGGUAAACGAUCGGCGGGGAACGAUCGGAGAACGCUGGGUCCGCGACUGAGAUGGUCGCCCGGCGGGACCACCCGGGAUGUAGAGGCUGACGUCGACGAAAGCGCGAUACCACCGGGAACGAACGCCUCUGGGUCGCCGAAGCAUGAACGUAGGGAAUCCCCGAGUCGUUUGCCUCGCGCUCACCAUCCUCGCCUUCUUCGAGAGAGGAUGUGCCAUCGAUUGUUACAAGUGUGUCUCGAUCAACGGCGACAACAAACCCUGCGACGAUCCGUUUCAUAACAACGGGAGCUCUCUCCUGGAGUCGCCCUGCUUAGGGGGUCGGAAAGGCCGGGACGGCCUCUUCCCGGCGACCGCUUGUCUCAAGAUUGCCGGCAUAUACGAUGAGAACGGCGAGAGCCUGAUGGUGAGGGGCUGCGCGUUGGAUAGCGGGACCCUAACGACGGACUCCGAGAUCAUCAGAAUGUCCCACUGCGGUGGUUUCUACUUUGACAACAAGUACUUGCGCGGAUGCGUGCAGUCCUGCAGCGAUGCGGACGCGUGUAACGCGUCAUCGAGGAAUCUCGUGCCGCUGAUCGCCCUCGUGUUGCCGUUUCUCGCGGGACUCGCGUGAUCCGUUCACGUUUCGCGGCGCGAGGGCGAUCGGGCGGCGUUUGGAAAAUGGGACAAUCUGAAAGAGAGACGGACGGCGACAUUGAGAGAUUACAACAGCGUGUAGUGGAUAUUAACGAUAACCUUUGUUAUUAAAGCUUACGAUGCAUUAAGCAUACCACAUAGUGAAUAUACUGCCAGUUUAUUCGAUAAGCUAUAGUCUCAUUAUUGUCGAGCAGCACUUCACGCGUCAUUUAUUCUAGUUAACACGGGUUAUCAUUGUGCGAUACGUUGAUUAUAAUUACAGCUUGGCAUCAAUAAAGUAUACGUGGAAAUUGUUAAA